GGGGGCGGGACGUAGGAAGAAGAAGAAGAAGAAGAAGAAGAAGAGUGGCGUGAGCGCAUGAGAAGAGGCUGGAAGACUUUUAAAAAAAGUCUGUCUCGGUGCGGGGAAAGUCACGUCAAAGCUCAGCAGGCAACAUGUCGAACGGCGACGAAGAUGCGGCCGAAGCGGAGUAAGAGGCAGCGGAGAGUUCACCGAAGAAGUUACUGAAAGAGUGAAAGCGCUUCUCCGCUUGAGUCGGACCGUCGACCGCCUUUCCAAAAUACCCCCCCGCCCUCAACUCAGAGCGGGCGAGAAAUAGAAGCUCCACCACCCGCCCUAGCCCCGGACUUCAGCCGGAGAGCGAGCCCUCCCGGUCGGCUUCGUGUCACAAGUUGUCCCGGGGUGGCGACGGAAGAAAAAGCCCGACCCCGUUUGGCGGAGUUUCUCCAACUUUUUUAGCAGGAAGAAUGAAGACACCUGGAGAUAGCGGGUUCGCCUUCCCUGACUGGGCCUACAAGCCAGAGUCCAGCCCGGGUUCCAGGCAGAUCCAGCUGUGGCACUUUAUCCUGGAGCUUCUGAGGAAAGAGGAGUACCACGAUGUCAUCGCCUGGCAGGGGGACUAUGGCGAGUUUGUCAUCAAGGACCCAGACGAGGUGGCCCGGCUCUGGGGGGCCAGGAAGUGCAAACCCCAAAUGAAUUACGAUAAACUGAGCAGAGCACUGAGAUACUACUACAACAAGAGGAUCCUCCACAAGACCAAAGGCAAGAGGUUCACCUACAAGUUCAACUUCAAUAAACUGGUGUUGGUCAACUACCCCUUCAUCGACAUGGGCUCCACUGGAAACGGUGUCCCUCAGAGCGCACCGCCUGUCCCAACCGGUGCAGGGACCCACUUCCGUUUCCCGCCAUCAACGCCCUCGGACGUUCUCUCCCCGAACGAGGACCUGCGCAGCCCGGGCGGCCUGUACAGCUCGGUGACCCGCCGGGUGGCGCGUGGCUCUGUGAGCGACUGCAGCGACGGCACUUCUGUCAAUUCUGAGAUAGAUGAUGGUAAUGCAGGUGGGGGGGAGGAGAGGGGGGAAAGGGUAUUGGGCGGAGGAGGGCCUGGUGGAGGAGGAGGGGGCUACAGGAGUAUCAUCCAUCCCCGCUUGACUCAUGAAUCUCUGUUCCGUAUCUACGGAGGAGCGGGCAACCCUGGUGGUCACCCGGGAACCCGUGGUCCCGGCGGGCACCGUAUCCACCCUGACUCCUUGUCCCCCUUCCCUGUGUCCCCGCUGCCUGGGCCAGGGGGAGCAGGGCUCCUGGCCCCCCCUCUAUCCCCUGCACUAAGCAUGACCCCCACAUCUCAUCUCUACACUCCCUCUCCCACUCUGUCCCCCAUGCUGGGCUCCCACUUUUCCUUCAACCCAGAGGACAUGAAGCGCUACCUGCAGGCCCACACCCAGUCGGUGUACAACUACGGGCUCAGCCCCCGGGCAUUCUUGCAGUACCCUAACAUCGUCAUCCCUCAACCUCACAGACCCGCCGCCGACAAGGUAGGUCUGAACAGCGACCAAGCAGCGGCGGAGAGAGCAGCGGUGGGAGAGAGGGGAGGCGGGCGACACCACCACAACCCUCUGUCCCACUCCGCCCACCACCACCCGCAUCCUCCUCAUUCUGCCCAUCCUCACCCCCAUUCUCACCCGAUACACCACGCACUCCACUUGGGUGAGGAGCCCCCACACAUGUCGCCCUUCAAGUUCAAGCUGCAGCCACCGCCGCUGGGCCGGAAGCAGCGGGACGGACAGAGUCUGAAUAAAGUCAGACAGAGCUCGCUCUCCUCAGGCUCGGGAUCCGGGUCCAUGUCGUCCACCUCUGGCCUCGGCUCUUCGCUGUCAUUUGGCAGUGACCUGAGUUCGGCGAGCGGCUCGGGGCUCAUCUCUGCCUCCUCUUCAACACAGUCCCUCAACAGUGCGGGCCUUCCCAAGAUAAAGGUGGAGCCCAUUUCAGACAUCGAGUCAGAGGAAGAAGUGGAGGUGACUGACAUCAGUGAUGAAGACCCAGAUGAACGAGAUGAAGACUUUGAGCUCUUCGCCCCUCGCCUUUCCAGGGUCGCAAACCACCACCACUACCCCCACCUUUCUAACGGCUCAGCUGCCCACCCGCACCCGUCCCAUCCAGAUGAGGACGUGGAUGAAGAUGUUUUCAAAGCACCCGCUCCGCCUCCACCCGGCCUCAUGCCUUUCUUCACCUCGCACCACGGAUACUCCAACGCUCACCGCGGUCCACCCACCCUUAAGACGGAGCCCAGUGAGCCAGCAGACGGGAGCCCUCCCCUGCCCCAGAUGGCGGCUCCCCAGACCAAGUGCAUACCCCUCAAGCUGCGCUUCAAGAGGCGCUGGAGCGAAGACCAGCGCAUGGAGGCCUCGCAGGAGGAGUCGGACGACAAGAAAGUUCGGCCACAGGAGCAGAGGGAAAGUCAAACUAACGGGCGCAUGGAGACGCAGGAGGAGGGGGCCGGCGGUGGGGAAAGGAACAGCCCUCCUCCGAUGACAUACGAAAGCUCUUUAGCCACACCUUUGGCUUCACUUAGGAAGGUGAGUGCUGACCUACAUCGUGCUACCGCUCAGCUGUCUCUGGAGAACAAAGACAGCUGAUUGGAUGGAACAAGUGAGGAUUUUCAAGAGCUUGUAAAUGGUUCCUCUCACGUGCAAAGUUCCCUGAUUUUAACACCUUCGCACACCUCAAAGACCGCCUUACUAUGACUCUACCAGAUCCCCAGCAGGUUCUCUGGAUCGGGAAUUCUUUUGGGACGCAUCAUUUGGGAGGAAGGAGACUAAGAUUCAACUGUCCCAGGAACUGUAAAGCCAUGUUUUCACUGAGCAGUACGGUUCAGUUCAGAUCACCAGGGUAUGUUUUGAAAUCCUUUAUCUGGCUUCUUUGUGUGUGUUGGUAACCAGGUCAGUUACGUCCAUUCCUUAUGUCACAACCAAUUCUGUCAACCGAUAAACAGACUGUCCACUCUUUAGGAACCAUACCCUAAAGUAAGGUUGCCCAAAAGUGUUCAAUUGCAGAAAAUCUUUUACCACUUUCAACAAAGUAAAAAGACAGACUCCUGCGUACCAAACCAAGUAGAAUUGAACAGUACUGCUUGGUGGAAAGCGGCAUGAACUGGGCUGCAAUCAGACAGAUAACUCUUUCAAGGAUCUUUACCUCCCACCUGGCCAGUGAAGCUCCAAAGUGCAGCUCCCGUCUUUGAAACCCACCCCCGUAUCUGUCAGUUUUCCUCAGGGGACCCGUUUUCCCUUUAACCUAUACCCACCGCCUCCCUUAACCUGCCGUGCUACCAUAUGUAAAUAGAGGACUUUGACAAGUGCCUGUAUUUACAACCCCUCAGCCCCCGGAUGCAGGACUUGUAUCAAGGGAUGGAAAGGAAAGUGGGUCUUCAAGACUGGAGGAUGGGGCUGUUGGGCGCCGACAUCUCUUAAGACCCCGGCCCGCUCUCUGCUCAGGGAAGCCCGUCGCUGUACGGUUAUUGGACUGGUGUACAUAAACAAACAGAAAAGUCAGCUGUGAAAUGGACUUGUGGUUACAGACUCUUCGUCCUGUCCUCGCUGCUUUCUCCCUGCUGUCUCUCUUUUGCGGACCACUGAGAACAUUUGAACCUUGCUUUUGCUCUCGUGUGUUGUUGAAGCAGCAGAGAACCCGCGUUCACCAGCCUAAGCUUGUUUAACAAUCAUAACACACAGUAGUGUUCAAUCAAGCCGACCAGCAAAUGACACACAAACAUGCACAAACACUGCCUUUAGUUCUUUCACACACCUUUCGCUCUUUCUCCUUAUCCAGGUCAGGGAUUUCCAAAGUGUGAUGCCCAGAAGACCUCAGUUUGAGAAGAAUAAACAUUAAACCUGCUAAGGUAAUCUCAUUUACAUCAAAGGAUGCUAAGGUAAUCUCAUUUACAUCAAAGGCUAAAUUCCAGAUUUUUAGUUCCUACAUUGACUGCGUUUCUACUCACUAAAUUUAAUCUGAUUUCUCAAAUAAUUGGGCUCAAAAGAAGCAUUCUAGGGUCCUUGGAAACACCUUAAUCUGAUUGUGUUUAGUUUUUAAAAAGUCAAGACUAACACACCUGGAUUAUGCGAUUAGAAGCCAGAUCUCUCAAGUGGACCCUCCAGGAUCCCGUUCAAUGAAAACAUAGGAAUGAGGGAUGAAGAGGAGGCUGUUUAUUGGCUUCACAAAUUAAAAGAAUGGAAUAUUUUAAAGUGCAUCGAUGGAAGGAACAAAAUAAACUUGGAUUUAUUUAAGAAGGUAGCUCAGGAAAUGGAGAAUGCCGGCUUCAUUCAAACUCCCAAACAAAUACGAGUGGGAUCUUGGAAGAGAAGCAGGUAUAUUAAAGGCAAAGAAGAAGGCGUACACAAAACUUUAAAGUGAUCAGCAACAACUCUGUAUUCCACACAACUGGCAACAAUAGCAACCCUCAUUUAAGGCGGUAUCGAACAAACUGUGUUUUUCUUCGGACUUAGAACUCCUUCCAUCAAUCCAUAGAAUUUACUGAAUGAACUUCGAGACAUACGAAAGUUUUCUUUCCAUUCUCCGUCCAAAAAUUCCUUCAAAACAUUUCUCUCCACCAGUCUUUGCUUCGGACCCGCUUCCAAGCCAACAAUUGCCAGACUUUCUUAGAAGUGCUGUCUUGUUUGUGGCACAGUCUUUGAUCUUGUUCCUGAUGCUGUCUGCUAUUUGACAUCAGCAUAGCCAGUAGACUUAGACAAACUUUAAUGAUCCACAAGGGAAAUUGUUCAACACAGUAGCUCAGUUACAAUGAUGGAAAGUGUAAGGAUGGAAAGGACAAUGCAGGUAUAAAUAGACUAAAUAUAGCGAUAUAAAAUAUAACAUAUAUACGAAUAUAUACAUAAUGUGUACAGUAUAUUAUAUAUACAGAUAUAUUAUAUUAUGUCUAUAACAUAUGUACAAUAUAUAACAAUGACAAUGUACAAUAUUACAGUAUAUGUGACAGCAGCAGCAUAAAAUAGAGCGUAGAUCCGUAAUUAGAUACGUAAUAUUGGUCAUCUGUGCCAAUAUUACAGUGGACAUCAGGUACAACAGGAACUGGGCUGUUGACUUAGAUGCCAUGUUUUGGUAUGAGGUCUUAGGUCAACUGGACAAGCAAUACGUUUAUCCACGCUAAAAUGAAAUAAGCGCCCCCCAGUGUACGGGAGGCAUACGGCGUAUGGAAACUGAGACUUCCAUAUUAUAUUCCAAAUCAAACUAUUUGAGAAAUCAGACUAAUUUAGGGCAUGGAAACCUGGUCACCGUGGAAAAAAAACGCAGAAAUUCAGUUUUCCGGGAAGUAGUAGUGUAUUUUAUUCUGCGCCACACUUUGAAAACUCCCUGCUGUGAAGUUUCCUGAGACUUGGAACAAUGUUAAAGUUAAGUUAAAGUACUCGUGAUUGUCUCACACACACACACUAGGUGUGGCGAAAUUAUUCUCUGCAUUUGACCCAUCACCCUUGAUCACCGCCUAGGAGGUGAGGGGAGCAGUGAGCAGUAGCAGUGGCCGCCCCCGGGAAUCAUUUUUUGGGUGAUUUAACCCCCAAUUCCAACUCUUGAUGCUGAGUGUCAAGCAGGGACCCAUGUCAUGUUUUGUCUGAAGGAAAAGAGGCGACGCUUCAGAUUUCUUCACGUUUUUAGGCGACAUGGAAUGUUACAAAUGUUUUUGCUCGCAAAGACUUGCGCCCAGGCCGGGUUAAGGUUUCGAUUAUCAACAAAGCUGCCACCCUGUCUCCGAUCUUUGCGGAAACUGGGACUUCACAUUUAGGUGUAGAAAUACAAAAAAAUCUAACUAUUUGAGAAGUCAGACUAACUUAGUGCAUGGAAACGUAGUCACCGUGGAGAAAACCACAAAAAUCUGCAGAAAUUCAGUUUUCCGGAAAGUAGUCGACUAUUUUAUUCUGCGCCACACUUGGAAAACUCCCUGCUGUGAAGUGUCCUGAGAUUUAAAACAAUGUCGUGUUUUGUCAGAUUCCUUCUCGUUUUUAGGAGACAUCGAAGCACGGUACAAAUGUUUUGCCCGCAAAGACUUGCCCCUGAAACGCUGAAGAAGACGCCAUCUUUUCAGGCCGGGUUAAGGUUUUGAUUUCCAGCAAAGUUGCCAUCCUGUCUCCGAUCUUUGCAUAAACUGGGACUUCACAUUUAGGUGUAAAAAUACCAAAAAAUCGGAACUAUUUGAGAAGUCAGUCUAAUUUAGUGCAUGGAAACGUAGUCACCGUGGAGAAAAACCACAAAAAUCUGCAGAAAUUCCGUUUUCCGGGAAGUAGUAGAGUACCGUAUUUUCCGCACCAUAAGCCGCCCCGUGUUGUAAGCCGCACCUUCAAUGAAUGGCAUAUUUCAAAACUUUGUUUACCUAUUAGCCGCUCCGUGUUAUUAGCCGCACCUACGCUACGCUAAAGGGAAUGUCAACAAAACAGUCAGAUAGGUCAGUCAAACUUUAAUAAUAUAUUACAAACCAGCGUUCUAACAACUCUGUUCACUCCCAAAAUGUAAUGUGCAAAUGUGCAAUCACAAAAAUAGUAACACUCAAAAUAGUGCAGAGCAAUAGCAACAUCAAUAACUCAACGUUGCUCAUACGUUAGUGUCACACAACAAGCAAAAUAAACAUUUAAAGCUCACUUUCUGAAGUUAUUACUCAUCCACAAAUCCCUCGAAUUAUUCUUCUUCUUCGGUGUGCUUCACUUGUUUUUUGACACCAUCUGUGAUGUGGACGCGCAUGCAGUCGUAGAUCAACAGGAACGGCGCUGCGUGAAAAAAGUCACCCGGUCUCUUCGCUCAUCUUUUCUUCAUCCAUCCAUCCCUUCGAGUUAGCUUUUAUGAUGACGCCGGCUGGAAAGUUCUCUUUUGGCAAGGUCUUCCUUUUGAAUAUCACCGUGGGUGGAAGUUUCUGGCCGUUAGCAUGGCAAGCUAAAACCACAGUAGGACGACUUCUCAUUCCCUGUGGUGCGAAUAUUCACCGUACGUGUUCCCGUUGUAUCCGCAGUGCGGUUCACAGGAAUAUCAAAAGUCAGCGGAACCUUGUACGCGUGUCUCUUAGUAGGAGACAUUUUGUGGUCUUUACAGAAACACACAAAUGAAAUGAAACGUAAUAUCCGCGCGCUUCUUCUUCUACGGGGGCGGGUGCUCACCUUGGCGGUUGCUUACAGUAGAAGAAGAAGCGCUUCCUCUUCUAUGGGGGCGGUUGCUUACCGUAGAAGAAGAAGCGCUUCCUCUUCUACGGGGAAAAAAGAUGGCGGCUGUUUACCGUAGUUGCGAGACCUAAACUUUAUGAAAAUAAAUAUUAAUAUUAAUCCAUAUAUAAGGCGCACCGGGUUAUUAGCCGCACUGUCAGCUUUUGAGAAAAAUUUUGUUUUUUAGGUGCGGCUUAUGGUGCGGAAAAUACGGUAUUUUAUUCUGCGCCACACUUGGAAAACUCCCUGCUGUGAAGUUUCCUGAGACUUGAAACAAUGUCGUGUUUUGUCUGAAGGAAAAGAAGCGACGCUUCAGAUUUCCUCUCGUUUUUAGGCGACAUGGAAUGUUACAAAUGUUUUUGCCCGCAAAGACUUGCCCCUGUAACAUUGAAGAAGGCGCCAUCUUUUCGGGCCGGAUUAAGGUUUCGAUUUUCAGCAAAGCUGCCAUCCCGUCUCCGGUCUUCCCAACCUUUGUGGCCCCUGGUCACCCACGAUCCAGGCGUGUUUGAUUAUUAGUGAAACUGUAAUCCAGUCUUUCGCUCCCAAGACCAGUUGACACAUUGCUGGCAGCAGCUCAAUGUUAAAGGGGAGAGAGCGAGGUGUGAAGGGGUUAAUCAUUAGUGCACAACCUCCUGGAAGCGCCUGUGCACGCUACUCAUUCUAUGCACACAGUCACGUGAAGACAACUAGGACACCCCAAUGGCGCCAUCUUUGUGUUGUGUUCAAACUGCUGAGGGAAACAUGCGAGCAAACAUCAGUUUGAUCGUCAUUACACAAAUACUCAAUGAUGUUUUUCCACCAAUCCUGCUGAAAUAUUACACGCACAUGCUUGGCUGUACCAAAUUCUAAGUUACAGCGAGCGUUUUUUUGAUUGAGGCUUUUUGUAUUACAUGGCUCUGCCAAAGCAUUUUUAACCACAACCCACAGGGGGCGCCACAGAAGCCAUUUACAUGUGAAAGAAUUAGGAAUAGACCGUCACACCGUAAUUGACAUUGUCCAUAGUCCAGACAGAUCUAUAGAUGGACGCCCUCCAGGCAGUCUGUGUAGCUCAGCUGAUCAAUGUACUCAUCAGAUCACACACACACACACACACACACACACACACACACACACACACACACACACACACACACUCUGUUUGUAAAACCGCUGCCUUAUUACUGACUUUUUUCCUAACCUAGUCCAAAAAAAAAAACAGCACAAAGAAGAUAAUAAAUGUUUCUUAGUUUAUGUUUCUGGUGUUAAUAUCGCUCCUAAAGCCUCCAUCUCUACUUGGCAUUAUUAUUAUUACUACUAUUAUUAUUAAUACGACUUUUUAUGUUGUGUACUGUACAUCAAUCCUCCCUCCUCAUCAAUUCCACCUGUUUUUUUUUUUUUUAUUGUUGUAAAAUAACUCAAAUGUGUAAUUAUCCUUUUUUUCUUUUUUUAUUAUUAUUAUUUUAUUUCUUGUAUAUUUUUUUCCCCUGGGGGCAGGUAAAAAGGUUGCAUCUUUUUUAAAGAAAGAUGUGUUGUUUGUUUAAAAAAAAAAAAAAAAAAAAAGUCCUAUGUUUUCUUUCACCUCGUUUCCCCCGAGCUGUUGCGUAACACUCCGAUGGAGAGAUGAGCGCUAAUACCGUGACGUAAACCCCCUCCCCCAACCGGGUUGUUUAUUUUAUUUCUCCCUUUGCCCAAACUUGUAAUUAAGUUGUAAUCAGGGUUAAUUAAAACCAGUUAAAAAGUCAAAACAUUGAUGCCUGUGUUAUUGUCUGCUUGUCUUGUUUAUCUGCAUGGCUGUUAUUAUUCUUGCUACUCCCCCGUCACACAAGGAAGUUUAAUUACAACAAAUAGAUGAACAUCACUUGACUGAGGCAAAAUGAUGAAAGUAAGGGAAAAUGUCCUUUUUUUUUUUUUUAGGAACAACUUGAAUUGAUAUACUAAACCCAAAACCAGUGAAGUUGGCACGUUGUGUGAAUGGUAAAUAAAAACAGAAUACAAUGAUUUGCAAAUCUUUUUCAACUUAUAUUCAAUUGAAUAGACUGCAAAGACAAGAUACUUAACGUUCAAACUAUAAUAUUAGCUCAUUUGGAAUUUGAUGCCUGCAACAUGUUUCAAAAAAGCUGGCACCAGUGGCAAAAAAGAGUGAGGAAUGCUCAUCAAACACUUAUUUGGAACAUCCCACAGGUGAACAGGCUAAUUGGGAACAGGUGGGUGCCAUGAUUGGGUAUUAAAGCAGCUUCCAUGAAAUGCUCAGUCAUUCACAAACCAGGAUGGGGCGAGGGUCACCACUUUGUGAACAAAUGCGUGAGCAAAUUGUGUAACAGUUAAAG